GGAGAGGCUGCAGACUAAGUUUCUUAAACCGCCAGCGAACAAGGUUUCUUCGGUCAUCAGUUUUGUAAACAUGAACCUUGAUGACUUCAGUGAAGGCUCAGCAGUUUUGUCAGGGGCCCAGAGAGGUUUCUCGCCUGUUAUUUUUCAUGGCACCCAAAACCAAAAAUCCAAUCAGAAGCCUAGAAAGAGCCCAUCUAAAGAGCAUGCCUGCUUCUCAAAGCAGACAAUCCAAAAGCAGAUCCGCAGAGAAUAUGUCGCUGCUUUGGAGGAAAAGCUAACACGGCAUCCUCUAACAACGUUCCCACACUACAAGGAUCACAUGACCCCAGAGUUAUUUUAUAAGGUGGCAUCAAUUUUGGACCCAGACAUGUGCGUAAAUGACGCCUCUGGACUUCCUACGCCCACAGGACACCAUACGACAGAGGAAAAUGGAGAAAACUGUCGAGAGCCAAGUAAGAAAGAACAAUGAGGAGCAUCCUCAAAUAGAAAACAAUUAUGCUGGAUUUUUAGUAUUAUAUAAUCUAAGUUACUUUAAAUCUUAAUUACCUGACUUAUGAAAACAGCCAAAUGAAUAAUGACUUCAUCUACAAUCCCGAUAAUUUCAAAGCAGCCAAGAUGAAUAUGAACCAAGACCCAGAAAAUCAAACACAAAAAAGAAAGGGAAUGGUAUCAACAAAGGAUAAGAAUUAUCUUAAAUGCAUCCACAAGGACAUGAAACUAGAAAGUAAUGUAAUAAAUAAAGAAUAGAUAAUGAAGUUUAAGCUCAAAGGUAUCUUUAUUGUCCCCACAGGGAAAUUUGUUUGCUGCUAAUUGAAAAGUUUUUUUUUUUUUACCUAAAGAUAAAAAGUUGAAAUCAAAAUGAUAAUACAAGAGCAUUGACUGGAAGAUGAGAUCAAUGUUACUGAAUCUGCAAGAGUGAGCAACAGUGGUCUUCAAGGCUCAUUACUAAAUUUCCCAAGAGAUUGCUAACAGUCCUGUCAUAUCCAUUAACAGGUCAGACAGUUCAAAAGAGUAAAGUUCACAGAGGCCUAAGUCCUCAAAGAUAAGGAAAAUAUCCAUUAAUGGGCUGCUGGAAACUGAAUCCCACAGCUUGGAGGAAAAGCGACACAUAAGAACCGCUGCAACAGGGAAACCU